CCCACUCCCCGCACCAUGAGCAACCUGAAGCCAGACAGUGUGCACGGCACCGGCAUGGGUACGGGCACAGGCUCGGACUCCAGCAGCACCCUGGAGGAGGAGCUGGCUCUGGUCCAGACAUUGCUCGUCAGUGGGCUUACUGUGGAUAUUAAACCCAGAGAACUUUACCCGCUCUUUAGGCCGUUCAAGGGGUACGAGGGGUCCCUGAUCAAGCUCACAUCGAGACAGCCUGUUGGUUUUGUGAUCUUUGACAGCCGGGCAGGAGCAGAAGCGACUAAGAAUGCAUUGAAUGGUAUUCGCUUUGAUCCUGAGAACCCGCAGUCCCUGAGGCUAGAGUUUGCCAAAGCCAAUACCAAGAUGGCCAAGAACAAGCUAAUGGCUACACCAAAUCCCACCAAUGCUCACCCUGCCCUAGGAGCACACUUCAUCUCACGGGACCCCUAUGACCUGAUGGGGGCCGCUCUGAUCUCCGCAUCCCCAGAGGCCUGGGCCCCCUACCCUCUGUACACCACAGAGUUGACCCCAGCCAUCUCACAUGCUGCAUUCAUGUACCCAGCUGCCACCGCUGCUGCCACCGCCACCGCCCUGCACUCUCAGGUGCGCUGGUACCCUUCCUCUGAUACCACCCAGCAAGGAUGGAAAUAUCGUCAGUUCUGUUAGUUCUUCAGUCUUGUCACCACAGCUCGAAGCCCUCACCCCACUGGGGAGGAAGCUGCCCUGAGCUUCCACUGCCCCCAGGUGGCUGUGCAGAGCUGCUGCUUCCCUCCAAAGACUGUGAAUUUUAAGGCUGACUCAGUGGAGUGUUUCCUGUUUCCUUACUCUCCUCUUCCUCAGCCCUGUCCUGCCCCAAAGCCCCUCCAAGUCCUC